AGUUUGACUUUCCUCAUUCCCAGCUUUGCUCUCAUCAAAGUUCAUAAACGGAUCAAUACCAGCAAAGGAUGGCAAAAUACUUUGGCGCCACAGAUGCAUUCAAUGCAAUUGUUCAAAAAGUCGACGAAACACUUAUUCAAGCAGAAUCCCAUCUUCGUAAUCUUCAUGAAGAUACAGUGGGAGCAAAGCCGUCUGAUAGUUUGCCGGACCGCACUAUCGUUCCGUCCCCAUCUUCUCAAUCGGAACGUUCAUGCUCCCCGGAGCCUCGUAUUGUUGCUCCUCAAUUGUCUGCAUACUCUGGAUCAUCCGCUGCGUCUUCUUCUUCCGUGAAUCAUAUUGAUGUGAAGAGCAAGUCGUAUUUGGCAUUGGAUAAGAAGAAAGCACUGAUCAUGACUUCGCUCAAGUCAAAGAGAGUUAUGAACGAUAGUGAUGUGACAAAAGUUCAGAAAUUGAUCGAUGACUUGUUCGGAAAACAAACUUCUUCGUCCUCAUCUUCCAUGUCCAUCCUUCAGUUGUAGCAAAUAGAGAUCCUAUGAACUGAAUAAAUAGAUUCAUUUUCCCGUG